AUGCCAUUGAAAGAUAUGAAAGAUGCAGAUAUUUUGGACCAGUAUGAAAUGAACAUGGCUGAUGGAAAUAUAACACCUGACGUUCUAGAACAUUUAUCUCAAAGAACUACACAGAACCAUAGAGAUGGUAUAUUUGGUGAAGAGUUUAGAAAGAAAGUUAGGGAGAGAGAAGGAAGAGAACCUAUUGUACAUGACCUUGCAAACGAAAGUUUACAAAAUGUCAUAAAAACUUACUUUGCAGACAAUGAACCGAGAAGGGAUGAAUAUUUAAGAAAACUCAAAUGGACAGUACCAAAUGAAAUGUUAGUAUUGAAAAACAUGUUCCUUGACAAAAUAAAACCAACUACAGAAAUAAACGACGCAAGACUGAAAGAUUGGGUAAAAGCUUUCCCAUUCACAAAAGAUAUUGUUGGUAACAUGGAAAGAAAACCAGAAUGGCUACAAAAACAUAUAUUUGGAAACGAGCUUAUUCCAUAUGGACAGCACUGUUUGAAGAGCUUGAACCUGAAACUCAGGAAAGAGUCAUGCAAACAAUAA